AUGAUUCGCGGCGGAAGAAGCUACGUAACUUCACCUCCUUCAUUCUCCAACGACGCUAAAAAGCUUCUUGUUUGCACAGGAAACACUGUCUCCGUUUUCAGCGCCGCCACUGGCUUACAGAUUACUUCGCUUGAAGGUCAUACAGCUCCAGUAACGACUCUAAUCGUUGUUCCUGCAUCGAGUCCUGCUCAAAAGAUCCUCUGUUAUUGUUGGACUGCGUCUCUUGAUGGUACAGUUCGUCAUUGGGAUUUCUCAGGACCUGAGCUUUUGAAAACUAUCGAUGCCCAGCUUCCCAUUUACUCUAUGGUUAUUCCUUCUCUUUUGAGUGAACCUCAAGUGCAAAUUGAUAAACGUCGUGAGUUGUCUGGUAAGUUGGUUGCUUAUGUUUCGGUUGAGGAUACAAGUGUUGUUAAAGACGGUUCUAAAGAGUUGCGUGGACAUAUCAGAAGAUUUAACCUUGCUAAACCACGAAUUCCUCGUGGUGACACUUUGAAAGAGACGGCAGAACCAGAAUCUAUUGUUAUCAGUCCCUCUGGAGAGUUUUUCGGAAUCCGUCACAAGUGUAAAAUUCAUAUAUGGGAUGUUCCUUCUUCUGGAGGAGGAUCAAGGCAUGCGGUUUCCAGGAAGAUGACACUACAUCAUUCAAAGUUUAUCAAUGCUUUUGCUUUUCAUCCCACUGAGAGAAUUAUAGCUGCUGGAGAUGUUACUGGAAGAGUGUUGAUUUGGAGAGGAGUUGGUAAUAGAAAACUUGCCUUGGGUAAUCAAAAGAAAAAAGUGAGAGCUAUGGUUGAUUUGGAUAACGCUGGAGUGAGAGGUGAAGAUGAUGCUGAAUCUUGCACUACAUGGCACUGGCACUCUGCUGAAGUUAAUAAAUAA